UCCCCCGUCGACUCUACACUGCACGCCUUAUCAUCACCCGAAGCCAUACACAGUUAGAUUACGAUCCAGCAACAAGAGAGGAAGGAAGCUCAAGUCUGUCUGAGCGCUGCUGCUAAUAUGGCACUGGGAGACGACUCUCCGGCCUCCUACAUCCGCAUGUUACAUGCGUGUUUGAUUCUGCAGGUGCACCACCUGAUAGAGAAGUGCAUGACGUUCGGGAUGAGCAUGGAGGAGUGCAUGGAGGCGCUGUCCAAGCGCGCCGACGUCCAGCCGGUCGUCACCUCCACAGUGUGGAAGGAGCUGGAGAAGGAGAACAAGGAGUUCUUCGACAAGUACAAGCAGUUGAGAGCAGAAAAGAAACAAGCCCUGAGCAGCUGCAGCAACAGUAGUGGUAGCUCCUGAUUAAUUAAAUUAAUCUAAAGGGAAUGAGAGCUGCUUAGAUGUGAUGAUUUAUUAGAUGUUAGUUUUUUCUGUACUUGGAAGGAAUAAUUAAGAGGUGGUCGCGCAUGUACAGGGUCGGGUUGGCAGGAACUUAGCCAUCUUGUACCAUUGCGAUACUUCGCAAUAAUUUUAUCUAUCCAUCGGUAAUCCAUCUCUGAUACCACGUUUUCAGA